AUGGCCGCCGUCAUGAACACUCCCAGCCAUCCGCGAUUUGAUGCCUCCUUUGGCGCAGGCGGUCUACGCGGUCCUUACCUCACUCCUGAUCCGCCAUCAAUGGCCGACCAGCUUCCUAGCAUCAAGUUUGGUUUCGAUGAUUUGCGCGACCGCAUGGCUCGUUUCACCCAGCGAUUCGACGACUUCAUCGAGCACGGUCGGAAGCGCGUACUCGAGGAGCGCAAUCAUUUCCGCAUCAACAUGUCUGAGGUUCAAGGUCGGUCAUUCCAUACCAUAACGACUGCUCGGUUCAGCAUACUGACGGUGCUACANGAAUCUCAGAGAUCACGACGCAGAGAGCUCGAAGACAUGUCCAACAAAUCCAUCGCACACCAGAAUACUCUAGCCAAGGAAGCACAAGAGCAUGAAGAAAUGCAACAACAAAUCGAAGAGCUCGACCUCCAGCGCCAGAACCACGAAGCUCAUCGCGACGACCUCCGCUCUCAAGUCUCAUCACUACAAAAGGCCAUCAACACCCGCCGACAGGCCCAACAUCAUCACCAGCGACAACUAGACAACCAAGCACGUCACAACCGACCCGAGCUGCAGUUUUGGGAGUCCCAUCUCUGCAUGCGCAUCGAGGGUUUGGGCAUCGAUGACAGGAUCAAGUUUGUCUACACACAUGUGGAUGAGAGGGAUUGGGACCGUCAGUGCGCAUUCGAGCUGAACAUGGAGACAAAAGACUACCAAGUUGUAGCGGUGGAACCCGCAUUGGAUGAUGAGGCCGUCGAUGCGGUUGUUGAGCGAUUGAAUGAGACGAGGGAUUUGGCUGCUUUCCUCAAGGCCAUGCGUGCCUUGUUUACUGCCUCUAUCAGGCACUGA